AGCUUCCUCGCUUCCUAUAAAUCUAGCACCACGCUUUUGGUCUUCUUAAACUUCCAUUAUCCAUUUACAUUUUCAAUAACUCCCUCUUUCUCUCUCUACGUUCUCCUCCGCGCACACGUUUUCUCUCUCUUAGGGUUUCAACACGCUUUGAGCAUGGCGCAGGAGGCACAAGCAGUUUCCGGAGCUGAGAACGGGGCCAAGGCUUCUCAGGUGGUGUUCACGGCGGCGAAGCCGUGGCUGGUGGUGGAGGCUCCGAAGGCGAACGACGCCGUGCAGUUCUACAAGGCGGCGUUUGGAGCUGAGGAGCUGAGCCGAGUGAAUGAUCCGAAGAGGAAGGCAGAGCAGGAGCUUCCUCUCAUUCGCUCCGCCGAGCUGAAGAUUGGAUCCUCGGUUUUCGUUGUUUCGGACCUCACAGACGACUCUUCAUCUCCCUUGAAAUCUGCCGUGAGCGGCCUCGUUUUCUGCCUGGAGACCGAAGCCGUGGAAGCUGCUAUCGCCAAGGCUGUUGCCGCCGGCGCCGUUUCCGAAGAUGAGGUGGCGGAGGGUGAAGGCGCGUGCUGCGGCGGGCGCGUGGGCAAGGUGAAGGAUCCAUACGGCAACGUUUGGCUAAUCUGCUCGCCUGCGAAGAAGUGCGGCGACGUGGCUGCUUAGAUGCCGUCCACGCCUUCUGAUCCGAGCCGUCCAUCGCGAACGUGUCCAUUUUGGCGAGUUGUGGCGGCUCUUUAACUCGUUUUAUCUUUUUCUAUCUUAAUUCCUAGUUGACUCAGUGUCGCUCGCUGUUAUUAUGGGGGAGGAGAGGGUGUUAUCUGAUUAACAGUAUUUUCGAUGCUUUAGUUGCUUAAUUAUCAUGAUAAUAUUUUGCAGUUGCAGCGACUGAUUAAUCAAAACUCUAUGUAACUCUUUUAAGCUUAAUUAUUAGUUAGUUUAUGUUACCCUCUAA